UCCAUCAGAACGCCGCGCUGACCUGCGUAGGCGGAGCCAGAGUUGCUCCCACAGUCGAGCGUGAUAUCUCACGCCUCCUGUAAUUCCAACAUUCCAGGGGUUGAGGCAGGAGGAUUGCUGCAAGUUCGAGGGCAGCCUGGGCUGCAUAGCUAGACACAGUCUCAAAAACAACAAAAACCAGAGUUGGGCACACCCGGAACAUAGCGCCGGAAGCGUGUCCGUGUAGAAACACUGUUCGGAGAGACAGGAAGUGUUCCUAGGCGGAAGUUUCUGGGGGGAAGCUUUAGCUCCAAGGACACUUCCUGAUUCCUACAACAAUAGGAAGUGUCCGCGGAACUGGGGUAGACUCUUGGCUCAUACCUGCCGUGCCCUGUUACCUCUGUCUCCUUCUUUUAUCCCCUUCCUUCCCUCAUCUACCACUCCCGGGAACCCUGGCUGAGUGUGCCUGUGUAUGCGAGCUCGAGAACCCUCGCACCAGCAACCACUUAGGGCUCGCGGCUGCAGUUAGAGUAAGGGUCCCAGUGCGCAGGCGCGCUCCCGUUCACGACCUCCAACGGACGCGCCGGCGGCGGGAACCAGAAGGCACUCCUGGUGCGAGGUAGGGAUGUAGAGAGGAAAUUGCCAGAAAAGACGAAUGACUCUAGAGAAUCGUGAUGGUGGUUGAUUAGGGAAAGGGACUCUUUAAGUGAAGAAGUUUUGAGAAAAGAGAAUUCCGGGAACAGACUCCGCUGGUGAGAUUAGAAAUAGUUAUUUUAGGACCCCAGGAGACUGGAGUCAGCCUCGGAGAAAGGCAAGAUGAUGUUGCGGAAAUGAGUGGCAGCUACUGGAGAAGUGAGAGCUUUGGAAUGAAGAUUGCCUCGUGCAGCCUUGGCCCCUUCUGCAGAGAAAAAUGCUGCUGCCACCUGUCUGUUCCUCCUGAACAUCUAGGUUUUUCUACCACAUUGCCUCAUGGAGGACAUGCCCCUUUCAUUCAGUUGCUCUGACUGUCAGCGCCACUUUCCUAACCUCCCAGAACUGUCACGGCAUCGAGAACUUCUCCAUCCAUCUGCUAACCAGGACAGUGAGGAGGCUGACAGUUUCCCUCACCCCUCUCAAAGUCAGCAGUGUGGGCGUGGCUACCGUUACCCAGAGACCUCUGUCAACCACCAGCAGAACCUCGAAACUUGUCUUUUCCCCUGUAUCACCUGUGGCAAGGAUUUUAUUAAUCCCCUGGCCCUCCAGAGCCACAUGAGGACUCAUGUUCCUGAGGGCCACCAAAGGCACAGGACCCCACAUGUCAAGGGAACCACUUCAUACCGUCAGAGCAAGACAAUGUCGACUGAAUCCUGGGGUCAGAGGCUGCCUUCUAGGGAAGGCUGGGACAGUCCGACAAAUGAUGUACAAGAGACACGUGAAUGUGACUCUGGAGCUGAUCCCAGGGCAGCUCCAGGUACUUGGGAAGACCCACCAACCAAACCAAGAGAAGGCUUAGCAAUCCAGCCAGACCCUAAUGAGAGUGCAGAGGACUGGGUCCCUACCACCAAUUCUGAUGGAGCGCCCCCACUCCCCACUCCAGCUAGCAACCUUCUUAGCAAUUUGGAGCAGUAUUUGGCUGAAUCAGUAGUGAACUUCACAGGGGGCCAGGAAUCCACCGAACCACUUCCUGCUGAGGAGGAGCGGAAAUACAAGUGCAACCAAUGUGGAAAGACCUAUAAGCAUGCUGGGAGCCUCACCAACCACCGCCAGAGCCACACUCUAGGGGUCUACCCUUGUGCCAUCUGUUUUAAGGAGUUUUCUAACCUCAUGGCUCUGAAGAACCACUCACGACUCCAUGCUCAGUACCGGCCUUACCACUGUCCCCACUGCCCUCGUGCCUUCCGGCUCCCUCGGGAUCUGCUGGAACAUCAGCAGUCCCAUGAGGGGGGAAAGCAGGGACAGCCAUGGGAAGAAGAAGUGGUGCCUACCACGAAUGGACAUACAGAUGAGAGGAGCUGGAAUCAGCUACCUACAGCACAGGUGCUGAAUGGUUCUAGGGAGCUCAGCACUUCUGGGCAGCUAGAGGAUGGUGGCCCAGAGGAGUAUCGACCUUUCUGUUGUGGGGACUGUGGCCGUACUUACCGACAUGCAGGUAGUCUUAUCAACCAUCGAAAGAGCCACCAAACAGGUAUCUAUCCCUGUUCAGUUUGUUCCAAGCAGCUAUUCAAUGCGGCUGCUCUGAAAAACCAUGUUCGUGCCCAUCAUAGGCCCCGGCAAGGAGCUGGUGAAGAAGUGUCCUCAACUGCCCUUAUGUUGGCUGAGACUGCCCAAAAAGAGGAAGAGGUCUCUACAAGCAACCUGGACCAUCGUCCCUAUAAGUGCAAUGAGUGUGGUCGGGCUUACCGCCACAGGGGGAGCCUGGUGAACCACCGCCACAGCCAUCGGACAGGAGAAUACCAGUGUUCACUCUGUCCUCGAAAAUAUCCCAACCUCAUGGCUCUGCGCAACCAUGUGCGUGUACAUUGCAAGGCUACACGCCGAAGUACAGACCCAGGGACUGAGGGUUCACCUAGCCCUGUCAAGAAGGAACAACCUGACCCACUGGGAACAGAAGCAGCAUCCCACACAGAUCAGGGACAUGCAUACAAACAUGAAGAGGAGACCACAGCAGAUAGAGCAACACAACAGAUAUGUAACAUUUGUGGGAUGUUCUUUGAAGAUCUCAAGAGUCUUGAGCAUCAUAGCAUGACACACAAGGCAGGGCAAGGAGAAAAGAGCAGGACAGACAGCACCGUGUCACCACCUAGAGCAUUUGCUUGUCGGGACUGUGGAAAGAGUUAUCGCCACUCAGGAAGCCUUAUCAACCACAGGCAGACCCACCAGACAGGAGAUUUCAGCUGUGGGACCUGUGCUAAGCAUUUCCAUACCAUGGCUGCCAUGAAGAGCCAUUUACGACGUCACAGUCGGCAGUGGAACAGGAGACAUCAGAAACAAGAUAGUACUGGUGAAGAGUCCAAGCUCGCACCUUCAGGCACCUGGGCCCAGAAGUUGGAAGAUGAUGAAGACCUGGAUUCUUCCCAAGAGCCUUUGGGAGAAAGUUCUUGUGGGGCCGAAGACAACCAGGAAAGAGAUGAGGACUCUUUGCAGGUGGGAUCUAAAGGCAGCGAGUAUGGGCUUGGAAAGGAUGGAGCCUGUUUCCUGGUUGAUAAAGAAGACACUGGCAUUGAGGAAGGACUGGAAAAGAAAGAGGCCUGUUUCCUUGAUCACGUGGACACCCCAGGUGAUGAGGAAAGUAGUAAAGUUGGCUUCUGUGAUAGCAUCCCUGGGCUGGAUAGUGACCAGAAGCCAGACAUUUGCCAGUUGGACCCCUCCCACCCUGCUGACACUGACACUGUCUGGAAGGCUGAAGUCACUCACACAUGUUCUGAUUGUGGGGACACUUUCCCCCAAGCUGCCGACCUGCUGAGCCAUAGGUCCUGCCACCCUCCAGGCAUCUAUCAAUGCUCUCUCUGUCCAAAGGAGUUUGAUUCUCUGCCUGCCCUGCGUAGUCACUUCCAGAACCACAGGCCAGGGGAGGUAGCCACAGCACAGCCCUUCCUCUGUUGUCUGUGUGGUAUGAUCUUUCCUGGGAGGACUGGAUACAGACAUCACCUGCGCCAGGUUCAUGGCACUUCAGGUAUACCGGAGGGUUCAGAAGAGGAUGAGGAAGGCACAGCAGAAGCAGCCUCUGUCCACAGUCCUCCCCUACAGCUCUCAGAAGCAGAACUGCUGAAUCAGCUACAGCGGGAGGUGGAAGCUCUAGAUGGAGCAGGUUAUGGGCACAUUUGUGGCUGCUGUGGUCAGACCUAUGAUGACCUGGGGAGCCUGGAGCGUCAUCACCAAAGUCAAAGUUCCAGCAAUACAACAGAGACUGGUCCUAGCCACUUGGAAGGAUCAGAUGAUUCGAUAGAAAUUGUUACAGAUCAUGUCUUUGAGGGCACAGUGACCUCUGUCUCAGAAGAAGGUAGGGACACAAAGUCUGAGGAGGGAGUAGAUGGCACAGUUGCAGACAGCCUUUGCAUGCAGGCUGAUGAAAGCUUUCUGGAGUCCCAUCCCCGCCCUUUCCGAUGUAACCAGUGUGGCAAGACCUAUCGUCAUGGAGGCAGCCUGGUUAACCACCGGAAGAUCCAUCAGACAGGUGACUUCAUCUGCCCUGUCUGUUCUCGAUGCUACCCCAACCUGGCUGCCUACCGGAAUCAUCUGCGGAACCAUCCUCGCUGCAAAGGUUCAGAGCCCCAAGUGGGUCCUCUCUCAGAGGCAGGAAGUAGCAACGAACCUCAGAAUGAGGCAGGGCAGGAACAGGCAGUCAUAGGGCAGCUCCAGGAAGAACUUAAAGUGGAACCCUUGGAGGAGCCGGCAAGAGUGAAAGAAGAAGUGUGGGAGGAGACCACUGUAAAGGAGGAGGAACUGGAGCAGAGGUUGGAGACAGCAGAGAAAGGCUGUCAAACUGAAGUCAGCUCUGAGCGGCCCUUUAGCUGUGAAGUAUGUGGCCGUACCUACAAGCAUGCCGGUAGCCUCAUCAAUCACCGGCAGAGCCACCAGACUGGCCACUUUGGCUGUCAGGCCUGCUCCAAAGGAUUUUCAAACCUCAUGUCCCUUAAGAACCACCGGCGCAUCCAUGCAGACCCUCGACGUUUCCGAUGCAGUGAAUGUGGGAAAGCCUUUCGCCUGCGGAAGCAGCUGGCCAACCACCAGCGGGUCCAUACUGAGAGACGGAAGGGUAGGGCCACCCAGAAAUUUAUUCGUGAGGAUAGGCCUUUCAGGUGUGGGCAAUGUGGCCGAAACUACCGCCAUGCUGGCAGCCUCCUGAACCACCAGUGCACCCAUGAGACAGGCCAACAUAGCUGCCCCUUCUGUUUUAAGACCUAUUCCAACCGCACAGCCCUGAAAGACCACCAGAGGCUGCAUUCUGAUAGCCGCCGGCGGCGGGCACCCCGGAGGGCAGCAGCUGUACGUUGUACCCUUUGCAGCUGUAGCUUUCCUGGCCAGGGAUCUCUGGAGCGGCAUCUGCAGGAGCAUGAGGAGAGCAAGCUAGAGCUGGCCAGUAGCCAGGGAGGCCCACAAGGUAUUGAAGGCAGUAAGGAGAACCUUGCUGAUGACUGGGGACUGGAGGGCAGGUCAGAAGGUAUUCAGUCAGUCCUGCAGCUGGAGCACCAAACCAAGAGGCCUGGGGAACACAUUCAGAGUCCCAGCAGGCCAGCAGGUUCAGAAGUCACAGAAUCUUUAUCUUGGGAAGUGGGGAAGGUAGAUGGGUGUCAGGGAGACAGGGGACAAAUGAAUCACAAUGGUGCCUGGGGUCUUCAGGAUCAGUUAACCAUGCCAGAAGGCAAGUUGGAAGACAUUGUCUCUAGGAAUCCUUGUCACCUCUCUGAGAGCCAGUCCAAUGGUCCUGCUGCAAGUUAUAUGGGUAGCUGGGAUGGUGGAGAUAGCAGCUCUCAGCUCCAACCAGAGAGCCGCUCCUAUUGCUGUAGCCAGUGUGGAAAGACCUACUGCCAACCUGAUGGCCUCUUUAAUCCCGACAUCAACAAGAAAGACUGUCACAGUUGUUUGCACUGUUCCAAAGAGCUAUUGAGUACUGUGGCCACUACUAUCCACAACCACACUGCUGCCCAGACCUUUGCUUGUAGUAACUGUAGCAAAGUGUUUGAGUCCCACAGUGAGCUGGCCACACACAUGCAGACUCAUGCUGUUGACCACAGUCAGACAGAGACCAGAGACCCACAAACUGGGAUGGUAGCGGUGGAUCCGCCUGGUCCAGGGAAAGCUCAGGAGACCCCUUCCGAACCUCCCAGGGACCCAGAAGAGAAUGGAGAGCCAGCUGAUGGAGGACAAGGAACAAAUUUGACAGCAGCUGAAGACAAGGGACGUCCCUUUUGCUGUGCUCAGUGUGGGCGUUCUUACCGCCAUGCUGGUAGCCUGCUGAACCAUCAGAAGGCUCAUACCACUGGACUCUACCCCUGCUCCCUGUGCCCUAAGCUUCUGCCCAACCUACUAUCUCUCAAAAACCACAGCAGGACCCACACAGACCCCAAGCGCUACAGCUGCAACAUCUGUGGUAAGGCUUUUCGAACAGCCGCCCGGCUACAGGGCCAUGGAAGGGUCCAUGCCCCCCAGGAGGGACCAUUCACCUGUUCUCAUUGUUCCCGCCACUUUCGCCACCAAAGCAGCUUCCUGCAGCACCAGCAGCAGCACCAGGAGGAGUGGACAGUUUCUAGCUCAGGUAUGUGAGGAGCUUCAGUGGCACCAGCAACAAGCAGAGGGGACUCAUCUGCAGCCUCACCCCUGAACCCCUCACCCCAGUGGCCUGCAGACCUCAACUUCUCCCUCUGAACUUCAGGUCUCCAAAGAACAGUUCACUGAAGCUGGGGAUGCAGGCAGGCUGUGGGAGGGGGGCUUCAUCUCCACAUUCUGCUCAGGAGCUGCUUGGGCAUCCUCAUCUCUUCCCAUGCAGAGGACCCUGAUCUGGUUUCUUUCUCAAGAAGGGCGUGAGGUAGUCUUCGUGUCUGUAUCUGUGAAGAAUCUCCUUCCCAAGCUUUUGUCACCGUUCUUCCAGGGCCAGGCCCUGACCCAGGGAGAGGCGUAUAUUCAGAGCUCACCACAGAUGGGAAGGGUGCCUGUGGAGGGGGUCUUUUACUAUAGUUUGUAACUUAUUUUCUGAAAUCUAUUUUGUAACAAUUUAUUUAAGUUUUAAAAAAGGAAAAUUGCUCCCCACCCCCUCCCCACCCCCCAAAAAAAAAAAUA